UCCCGGGGGCACGGCGCACCGGUAUGAAGCGGUGCCGGUCGGACGAGCUGCAGCAGCCCGAAGAGGAUCCCGGAGCCGUGGGGGAACAGCCCGGCCCCGCCGCCAUGGAGGCCAAAUCCGGGGAGGCGGCGGCAGCCCCCGAGGUGGGCGCUGUCCCGCCGCCCCGCACCAAACCCCCCGACCUGAAGAAAAUCCAGCAGCUGUCCGAAGGCUCCAUGUUUGGCCACGGCUUGAAGCACCUUUUCCACAGCCGCCGGCGGUCCCGGGAGCGGGAGCAGCACCAGAACUCGCAGGACCCGGUACCUCCUCAUUCCCACGGCCUCUCCGACCACGAUUCCCCCGACGAGAAGGAGCGGUCCCCGGAGAUGCACCGCGUAUCUUACGCCGUGUCCCUUCACGACCUGCCGGCCCGGCCCACUGCCUUCAACCGGGUCCUGCAGCAGAUCCGCUCUCGCCCCUCCAUCAAACGCGGCACCAGCCUGCACAGCGCCGGCCGCAGAGCCAAGAGCGGCUCCUUGGAACCCCAAAAAGGGAGCCCCCACCUUCUCCGCAAAGCCCCCCAGGACAGCAGCCUGACUGCCAUCCUCCAGCAGCACCAGGGCCGGCCCAGAUCCUCCUCCACCACCGACACUGCCAUCCUCCUGGCUGAGGGUGGGGCUGUCUACCUGCUGACCGAGGACACGGAAUGCCUGGCUGACAAGCUGGACAAGGGGGAUGUGACCACCCUCAGCCUGCCCACCACCUCAGGGCACGGUGACCCCGAGGGCACCAUCUGCCUGGAUGUCCCCGAUGGCACCCCAGACCCCCAGAGGACAAAAGCUGCCAUUGAGCACCUGCACCAGAAAAUCCUCAAGAUCACGGAGCAGAUCAAGAUCGAGCAGGAGGCUCGGGAUGACAACGUGGCCGAGUACCUGAAGUUGGCCAACAACGCCGACAAGCAGCAAGCCUCCCGCAUCAAACAGGUCUUUGAGAAGAAGAACCAGAAGUCAGCUCAGACCAUCGCCCAGCUGCACAAAAAGCUGGAGCACUACCACAAAAAGCUGAAGGAGAUCGAGCAGAACGGGCCCUCCCGCCAGCCCAAGGAUGUCUUCAGGGACAUGCACCAAGGGCUCAAGGACGUGGGUGCCAAUGUCCGUUCCAGCAUCAGUGGGUUUGGUGGAGGGGUGGUGGAGGGUGUCAAGGGAGGGCUCUCGGGUCUGUCCCAAGCCACCCACACUGCCGUGGUCUCCAAGCCCCGGGAAUUCGCCAGCCUGAUCCGGAAUAAGUUCGGCAGCGCCGACAACAUCGCCCACCUGAAGGACACCUUGGAUGAUGGGCACCCAGAGGAGGCUUCCAGGGCUCUGAGUGGCAGUGCCACCCUGGUGUCCAGCCCCAAGUAUGGCAGUGAUGAUGAGUGCUCCAGUGCCACCUCGGGCUCUGCUGGUGGCAGCAACUCAGGGGCGGGACCCGGUGGCUUGGGGAGCCCCAAGUCCAACACGCUGGACAGCCACCACUAUAACUUUGACACCAUCCUGGAGGAGCUCCGGGAGAUCAAGGACAGCCAGUCCCACCUGGAGGACUCCAUGGAGGACUUGAAGGCCCAGCUGCAGAGGGAUUACACCUACAUGACGCAGUGCCUGCAAGAGGAGCGGUACAGAUACGAGCGCCUGGAGGAGCAGCUGAACGACCUCACUGAGCUGCACCAGAAUGAAAUGACCAACCUGAAGCAGGAGCUGGCCAGCAUGGAGGAGAAGGUGGCUUACCAGUCCUAUGAGAGGGCACGGGACAUCCAGGAGGCGGUGGAGUCCUGCCUGACACGGGUGACCAAGCUGGAGCUGCAACAGCAGCAGCAGCAGGUGGUGCAGCUGGAAGGGGUGGAAAAUGCCAACGCCCGGGCACUGCUGGGCAAGUUCAUCAAUGUCAUCCUAGCCCUGAUGGCCGUGCUGCUCGUCUUCGUCUCCACCAUUGCCAACUUCAUCACCCCCCUCAUGAAGACCCGCAUGCGCAUCCUCAGCACUGCCCUGCUCAUCCUCUUCCUCUUCCUCCUCUGGAAGCACUGGGACUCCAUCACCUACUUUCUGGAGCAUGUCCUGCUCUCCAGCUGAUCUGCAACCCCCAGGAGUUUUCCAUUUCCAACUGAUGAGAGGGCAGGGGGGAAGGGGGAGGCAGAGUGUCCAGAGCCUUCAGGUUGUUGCUCUCCCAGCUCCUCCAUCUGGCUGCAGCUGGUGGUGGCCUCUUGGAGGGUGGUGUGGCAGAGCUGGGUGUCUCUGGGAUGUUUGGGAAGGGCAGGAUAGGGAAUGAGGAGGAGGUUUUGGAAGAAACUGGUUAUUUAUGGAGCGCUGGGUUUUUCUAGGGGUCUAGGGCUUGUUUUUUCAUUGUCAUUCUGCUCUGAAAGUCUGGGGGAAGGAGGUUUUCUGAUGGUGGGAUGGAUUGAGCUGGACCUCCUGGUUCCAGGAGGCCUUGCUGUGGAGAGAGGAGAAGGGUUAUUUGGGGCUGGGUUUUCUCUUUCAUCCUUGAAGACUAAGACGGCAAAAAGCCGAAUCCUGGGAUAGAGUGAAAGCAAAGCAUGUGGUGAAGGAGAAAGUGAACCCAAGGCAAAUGCAACAGGACAUGCACAUCCCACCAGCCUCUCCCAACCCCACCAGGGACAGAGCAGGGCUGUGACAUUGUCACCUGGUCCUUACGAGGGCCGGGGAGGACACAGGGGACCUAAUGCUGGAGACAGCACCAGCACAGGUAAGACCCCCUCCUCAUUUAUUUAUUUCCCCCCUCCUUCAGCUUCAGUUGAUCUGAUCUCUUCAGGGACACGUGGACUUGCCAGCAUCACACCUCUGUUUUACAGCCUCUGCCCCGUGUUGUGUGUGUGUGUGUGUGCGGGUUUUAAUUUAAUUCAAGACUGUUUCCAUUUGUGAAUCAAAGCUGGUAGAGCAGGGGGAGGCAAGCAGCUGCCUUCCCAGCCUCCCCAGCCCUACACAAGA